GUGGUUCUCGGCGAUAUUGGACGUAGCCCUCGUAUGCAAUACCAUGCUCUUUCCCUUGCUCGUCAGGCUCAUCUAGAGGUCGACAUUGUUGCAUAUGGAGAUACAGGAAAAAAUUGUCAACAAAUUUGAAACAAGUUAAUGGGUUAAAUCUGUUUGUGGAACAUGGUUGAAUGGAGCGGAAUAAGAUGAUGAUGAAGGUUGAAGGGGAUACAACUCAGGCACUUCGACAGUGGGGAAAAGGGGUGAGACGGGGACAAAGAUAGACUUCGGUAGGUUUAAAGGAAAUGGCUGUGACUGUGAGAGGGAGAAAAGACAAGGGUAGGGAGUCUGCAGAUAGAACGGUGGGGGUAAAAUGGAGGCAGAGGUUGUGCGUCGUUAGUUAAGGACUUAAGGAUGGAAGUGGAGGGAGGCACAAUUUGGGUGGGAGAGGUUGAGUAUUUAAUUCAUACUCUAUUUGAUUUGAAGCCUUCCUGUAAGAUUCCACAAUUGUUAAUCUCCACACACCCUUCCCUCCGUUGGGGCAACCACACCUCCAAUUCAGAAGAUUUUCAAGGAAAAAAGGCUAGCCCGGUGCACGAAGCAUCUUCAUGCAGGAUCUAGGGAAGUAAAGAAGAACUAUUAGAGGCUUUAUUAGAGAAGAUGAAUGAAUUAUAUGUUUAUUUUUCUUCCAUAUUACUGUCCUAAAUAUUGUAACAUCACUGACUCUACCUGUUCAAUCUUUCUUCAGAUUUACUAUUCUUCUAUCAUUGGCAUCUAGAACAGUUUGAAAAGACGUGAAACUUAAAUUCCAGACUUUGUGCAUAGUAAUUUUGUACCACUUGGCAUAAGUUCUUGGUGUUCGGACCCUCAUUCUGCUGUAAAAGAGCAUAAGUCUGUUCACAUCCAUGAAAUGACACAGUGGCCAUCAAACCCUAGAAGUUUUCCAAAGAUACUCCACCCUUUUUUGCUCAUACUUAAGCCAUUGGUUCAGUUUUUUAUGCUUCUAUGCUAUCUGUGUGUUAAAAUUCCAGCACCGGAUGUUUUCAUUGUUCAGAAUCCACCAUCUGUUCCUACACUGGUUGCAGUAAAAUUGGCCAGCUGGAUUAGACGUUCCGCAUUCAUUAUAGAUUGGCAUAACUUCGGAUAUACUCUUCUAGCAUUGUCUCUCGGGAGAAAUAGUCGGUUUGUGGCAUUGUAUCAUUGGAUCGAGAAGCAUUUUGGGAAAAUGGCUAAUGGUUCCUUAUGUGUGACAAGGGCAAUGCAACAUGAAUUGGCUCAAAACUGGGGAAUUAGUGCCGCUGUUCUAUAUGAUCAACCUCCUGAAUUUUUUCAACCUGCUUCCCUUGAGGAGAAGCACAAGUUGUUUUGUGGGAUUGAUAAGAGUCUGAGAACGCCUUACAGCCUUCAAGACUGUCUUAGCAAUGAGGUACCAACAACAGACGAUGACAAUCCUAAUGUAACUCUAUUUACAACUCAGACUGGCACAGAUAUUUCCUUGAAGUGGAACAGACCAGCGCUCAUUGUAAGCAGUACAAGCUGGACUCCGGACGAAGAUUUUAGCAUUCUUUUAGAAGCAGCACUAAUGUAUGAUAGAAGGGUUUCUGCAUUGCUGAAUGAGGAUGACUUGAAGAGGGAGGAUGUUUUCUGGCAAGAAAUCAAGGGUGGGAAGCAAUACCCGAGAUUAUUAUUUAUAAUUACAGGCAAAGGGCCUGAAAAGGAAAAAUAUGAACAGAAGAUAGCAAAGCUCAACCUUAAACGUGUAGCAUUUCGUACUAUGUGGUUAGAGCCAGAGGAUUACCCAUUGCUUCUUGGAUCAGCAGAUCUUGGUGUUUGCUUGCACACGUCCUCUUCAGGGUUGGAUCUUCCUAUGAAGGUUGUGGAUAUGUUUGGCUGUGGAUUACCGGUCUGUGCUGUUUCCUACUCUUGUAUCAAUGAACUGGUCGAAGUUGACAAGAAUGGCCUACUCUUCUCUUCAUCAUCAGAACUGGCUGAUCAAUUUAUGAUGCUGUUUAAGGGAUUCCCAGGUGAAUGUGAUGAGUUGAAGUCGCUGAGACAGGGAGUAUUGGCAAGCAGAUCUUCUGUUAAUUGGGCAACAGAGUGGGAAGCAAACGCCAAACCCUUAAUAUCCAAGGUUAUUUUUGACAACUCGAGCUGAUUUUGAAGCAAAGGUCUCAGAACUCCGAUGUCAACUACCUCACAGAUCUGAGGAAUUUUGGAAAUUAUAUGCUCACCUUGUGUCACACUGCAAGCCGGGGGUCCCUGCUACUCUCCUCCUCCCCUUCCCCCUCCCAGGCUCCACAGAGAAACCAAUUUUUGCGGCUCUAUUAGGAUCAUUAGUCACAGAUUUCUGAUUUGGGUUUUCUGAGAACUGAAGUUGUACAGCUUUAGAAGUGGCCGUAACACUAUUGAGGUUUCACUUGCCUUUUACCUCUCUUAGUAGUUUAACAACGAUAUA